GAUAGAGCUCCUCACCCUGAAAACACACACAAAGAAAACAAGGUGGAGAGAGCAUUCAUUCAUAAUGGCUAUUCACAAAGUUAGCUUCCUUGCUUACCUACUUGUUCUCGGGGUGUUUCUACAUGUUGAUGCCAAGGCUUGUACCAGAGAAUGUGGUAAUUUUGGCUAUGGAUUAUGCCCACGAUCUGAAGGAAGUCCCGAAAAACCUAUAUGCACCAACUGUUGCUCAGGCUAUAAGGGUUGCAAGUAUUACAGUGCUAAAGGAGAUUUGAUUUGUGAAGGAGAAUCUGACCCCAGAAACCCAAAUGAUUGUACCUUCGAAUGUGAUACACAAAUUGCUUAUUCAAAAUGUCCCCGUUCUGAAGGAAAGAUGAUAAUUAAACCCACCGGAUGCACCACCUGUUGCACUGGCUACAAGGGUUGCUACUAUUUCGAUCAAGAUGGUGAUUUUGUCUGUGAAGGAGAGAGUCCUGAACCCAAGGCAACUGCUUAAGUAUUUCUAAUUAAUCAUCUGUUGCUAACUAUUAGUAACAAAUGUAUGCAUGAUAUAUGCUAAUCUCUGUAAUGUAGACAUUAUUGGAGUUGUUUUAGCCAAAGUGUCCAACAGUUUAAUGAAGCACUAGUUUCAUUUUA